AUGUCAGGAAUCACUUUGAAUCCGGAGCAAUCUGCUCAACUUCAGUCGGAGAUUCAGAGAGAGCUCGAGAGAAGAGAAUGGGCUGAGCCGGAAGAUAAUGUCAUGGCGGAGUAUAUCACUGUCUUGCUUGCCAAUGGAAGCGCACGAGAACGAGUCCAAACCGAGAUGGAUGAUCUGGUAGGAUCCGAUUUCGAUCCAGCAUUCUUAGAUUGGUUAUUCUCAGCCGCCAAAAACAUCACCACCGCUCCAUCUCCUUCACCUGUACCUGCUUCUGCUCCUGCUCCAUCAUCACAACCACCCGUAACUGCUUCGAGGGGAUCAGGUGGAUCGGGGACUAGAUUGCUCAAUACAGCCUUAGCACCUUUAUCUUCGCAACCUGAAAAGCGAAAAGCGUCGGAUAUACAGGAUGGGCAGAACAAGAAGAGGGUAUCGGACGUUGGGGUCAAUGCCCCUUCCGGACCAAGGGGAAUGGGUAAUGAGGGUAAAAGUCUAGCGGACAGGAUAAGUAACGGGAAUGCUCAGAGGGGAAGAGGCGUGCCGAUAAGAGGUAUGGCGGGCGGAAGAGGUGGUAACAUGGGUAUGGGAAAUCACAUGGGCUUCCGUCUCAACUUCCAACAGCAAAAUCAACAACAACCUGGUUUUGCUCAGCCUAACUUCGGUCAAUUCAUGCCUCAAGGCCAGCAGGAGAUGGUAGCUCAGAUGAUGAUGAUGCAAGCUAGUAUGGCUCAGAUGAACAAUAUGGUAGCGACGAUGAUGCAAGAGAGACAGCAACAACAACAGCAAUUACAAUUUCAACAACAGCAACAAGCAUCCGCAACUUCUGCCAAACCUUCUCGUCCACCUUCAGUAAAAGUACCACACGGUACGAAAUUAGGUGCACACUCGGUAUCUGGUAUUCCACCUAAAUCGGCUGCGACCCCUGGACCCAUUCCCGACAAGCCGUCGUCUACAGCUUUGUGUCGAUAUUCCAUCGGAUGUAGCAAUUCAAGGUGUCCAUACAGUCAUCCUAGUCCCGUAGCAGAUGAGAAGACGGGAAUGGUUUUGAGUGAAGAGCCAUGUGAGAAUGGAAAGGAGUGUAAAGAUGCGGAGUGUAUCAAGAGUCAUGUCAGUCCAGCAGCGACAUUAGGAGAUUCCGCGGGACCCAGUCGAUUAUUGUGUAAAUAUCAAAAUUGCACCAACCCGUCAUGUCCAUUCAGACACGAAGAUGAGAAUGGUAAUUCCAUCCCACCUCCUGCACUUACAGCUGCCAAGGCGGCACCCAAACACAAAACUGCACCUGUACCUGUACCGGCCGCAAGUUCAGAUAACGAGGACAAUGAUGGGGAUGGGGAUGUCGAGGUGGUCAUGUCGCAUAAAGGCUUGAUGGAUGGUGCGUUGGAUGAUACGAAGAAAGAGGUCUCUUGUAGAUAUGGAGAGAGAUGUACAAGGCCCGAUUGUAAAUUCACUCAUCCAGCUUCUCGUCCAACACCGAAAUUCGGUAAGAAGCCAUAUACCUCCACCUCAACCCGAUCGACAUCCAGUACAUUCAAUAAAUCGGUAACGUCCACUAGCGGAGGUGGGAUAGGCGGUGGGAUGCAUAUGAGCAAAAAGUUUGCAGGAGGUAAUGAGAAGAAAUUGGAUCCGAAUGCGGGAGAGUUCAAACAUUCGGAUAAGGAGUUGGAAGUUACUUAUUAA